AGCGCUACUGUGGCGACGUCACUCGUGUAUCUAUAGUUUCCUUCUGUUUUGAAACCCAAGCUUGGUGAUAUAGUUGCAUGAGAAAUAUUGUAAAAGCAAUUAGAGAAGUGUUUUAUAGUGUUAACCUAAAGAUUCAGUAAGAUGGAAAAGCGGGUCGCCUUAGAAUCCAGAGGAAGGAAUCCUUCACAGGUAAAAGAGCUUAACUUGGACAACUGCCGAAGCACCAACAUAGUUGGUCUCACAGACGAGUAUGUCAAUCUGGAAAUACUCAGCCUCAACAAUGUAGGGCUCACAUCACUGAAAGGUUUCCCUGCUCUCCCCAAACUGAGGAAACUAGAGCUCUCCGAUAACAGAAUAUCCAGUGGUCUAAACUUCCUGAACGGGUGCACGAAACUGACACACUUGAACUUAUCAGGAAAUAAAAUAAAGGACUUGGAAUCGCUGAAACCAUUGGAAGAGUUCAAAAACUUAAAAAAUCUUGACUUAUUUAAUAAUGAAGUCACUGGUCUAGACGAUUACAGAAAUAAGGUGUUUGCAUUGCACCCAUCUCUGAAGUAUUUGGAUGGUUUCGACAAAGACGACAGGGAGGCCGAUGACAGUGAUGAAGAGGAAAGAGAAGAAGAUGAGAUGAAUGGAAAUAAUGACAGUGAUGAAGAUCUGGACAUAGAUUUGGGUCCGUUGGUGAUUGAUGAUAGUGUGUCCGAAAGGCCGGUUGAGAGCAGAACCACUUUGCCAGUAUUACUGUACACAGUCUAUGGUCUCCUAUUCCACAUGGGUUAUCUGAUGAAACGUUCUGAGGAGGAAGAUGAUGAGGAUGAGGAAAUAUCUCUGAGUGCAGUCUACAAAGAUGAUCUCGAGGAAGAAAGCUCGGCCAGUUCCCUAUACGAAGAUGGCUCUGACGUUUCGGAGGAAGAGGAUAUAGACGAAGAUGGCGAAGGGGAAAACGACGCGGAGGGAGACCACAACAAUAAGGUCCAAGACGGUGAGGACAAUGCAGACGGCGAGCCCGAGGAGAGUACCCGGGGUAAAAAGCGAAAACACGAGGACGACGAGAAUUGAUUGCCUUAAGCAGAGUUAUCUUACUAGUUCGUAAGUGUACAGCGCUCCGAUGCGUCGGACAAUAAACCCGGACCGCCGCCUUCGCUAUGUCCACCAAAUAUGGUUCUUAUCUUCCACCAGCAUUAUCAGAAAUCUUCAAAAAUAUCGUUUGUACGUGUGUAACGUAUAUUUAUUGAGCCAAUGGCAAGAUUCUGAAGUUUUUUUUUUGUCUGUCUAGAAAGAAGUGUGCAGGGAUUGUGGCAAGUAGAAAGGUUUAAUUUGUGUCUACUCUUCUGGAGAAGAGAAGUAAUUUGAUAUCUCUGUAUUAAGCGUGUAUUUCAACUUCUUUAUUCCAAACUAAAUUUGAACAUCCUUAAAUGAUUCAGUAAUUGAAACAUGCUUUACCUAGUAAAGUACCUAUGUAUCGACGUAAAUAAACCAAGAGAACACGACAUGUAGAAUGUCUACUUGAAAUGGUUUGCUAUUCAUAAUUUGACCGUAAGCUAACAGAACAUGGAAAUUAUAAGCAGUUAAAAAGACGAUAUUUCUGUCUUGAGUGGUUUUUGUGAUCAUCAGCAUAUAAAAAAAAAACUUUAUUUUUAUAUUAUCCAUGUUUUUAUUUUCUAUUAAUUGUAAAUGCUAAAUUUAAACUUUAAAUAUCCACCAGUAGUAGUGAUGGGUCGACGACGAAACGAGAUCGAUUAUGGUCGAUGGUAAACUGCUUGAAUCGUAACUUUCGAUUAGGUUUCGGCGUGAACUGGAUGUAUUGGAUGUUUCAUUUUUGAACUGUUUCAUCACGUCU